CAGCCUCAGCGUUCCAGUCUCUCAGCUUUCUCGAGACCGUUCCAAUUGCUUCCUGACAUCAUGUCUUCAAGCAAUGAUGUGUACCAGACGCCUCUCAACUCGCGAUAUGCAAGUGAUGAGAUGAAGUAUCUCUUCUCUCCCAGGAAUAGGUUCUCUACAUGGAGACAGUUGUGGCUGUGGCUUGCAGAGGCUGAGAAAGAGCUUGGCUUGCCCAUCACCGAUGAAGCCAUUGAGCAGAUGCGGAAACACACCACGAUCAAUGACGAAGAGUUCAAGGUUGCUGCUGAGGAGGAGAAGCGCCGAAGACACGAUGUCAUGGCCCAUGUCCACGCUUACGGCCAAGUUGCCCCCGCAGCUGCUGGAAUCAUCCACUGGGGUGCGACUUCCUGUUACUGCACUGAUAAUGCCGACCUGAUAUUCCUGCGUGAUGGCCUGAACAUCCUCAUUCCCAAGUUGGCGGUUGUCAUCGAUAAGCUGUCUGCCUUUGCUAAGCAGUACAAGGAUCUGCCCUGCCUUGGUUUCACCCAUGGACAGCCUGCACAGCUCGUCACUGUUGGAAAACGUGCGUGCCUGUGGAUUCAAGACUUGCUGAUGGAUCUGAGAAACCUCGAAAGGGCGCGCGAUGAUCUGCGUUUCCGUGGUGUCAAGGGCACAACGGGUACACAGGCGUCGUUUCUUCAAAUUUUCAACGGAGAUCACGACAAGGUCGAGCAAUUGGAUGAACUCGUUACUAAGAAGGCCGGCUUUGAUUCUGCUUUCAUCAUCUCAAGUCAAACUUACUCUCGCAAGAUCGAUGUUGACGUAGCUAACGCCUUGGGCUCCUUUGGUUCCACCUGCGAGCGCAUUGGUAUUGAUAUCCGCCACUUGGCCAUGCUCAAGGAGGUUGAGGAACCCUUUGAGAAGGAUCAGAUUGGCAGCAGUGCGAUGGCUUACAAGCGAAACCCUAUGCGGUCCGAGCGCCUGUGCUCGCUGGGCAGGCACCUUCAGAACCUCCCCAAGGACGCCCUGGACACCUACUCCGCUCAGUGGUUUGAACGUUCAUUGCUACUAAUGGCCGAUAAGGAUGACAGCGCCAUCCGCCGGAUCAGUAUCCCCGAGCUUUACCUCUGCGCUGACGCGUGCCUCAUCCUCUUGAACAACGUAACUUCCGGAUUCGUGGUGUACCCUGAAGUCAUCAAGCGCCGUGUGAACGAUGAGCUUCCAUUUAUGGCAACUGAGAACGUUAUCAUGGCCUGCGUGAAGAAGGGACUUUCCCGCCAGGACGCCCAUGAGGAAAUUCGUGUCCUCUCACACCAAGCCUCCGACAACGUUAAGAAGCACGGCAAGAAUAACGACCUCCUCGACCGCAUCCGCCGCACCGAGUUCUUCGCGCCUAUCCUCGGCGAGCUCGACGCUCUCCUCGACCCCAGCACCUUUGUCGGCCGUGCCCCUCAACAGGUCGAGAAAUUCACCUCGACCGAGGUCAAGAAGGCCCUGCAGCCCUACGAGACUUAUCUCGCUACUGCCGAGACCUCUGCGCUUCACGUUUAAGGUUGCCUUCGGCAGUUGGAGUGAAUCUUGCUUUAAUUGACCUUACCUGAGCAAGGAAGAUUUGGCUACGUCACCUAGGCUAGGCUGCCCUGCUGUCAGUGCCUCAUGUCACUAUGAUUGUCUGAAUAGUUUCCUGGAUAUUUCUGCUUUUAGCGACGCUAUAAUCGGAACAUCUAAAG